AUGGCUAAAGUAGUAACACGUCCACAACGUUUUACACCUGAAGAAUGGAAAUUGGCAUCAAAAGUUAAACAUAAAAAUACUGAACGAGAUCGUUCGGGUGCUGAACGACUUAUUUUAGAAUGUGAUCGACUUGAUCAAGAAGGUCGAGGAACCGUUGAUCAUCAACGUUUGGAUCAUAUUCAAAAUUGGAAAGGUGAACUUGAAGUAAAACGAAGUGAAUUAGAAAAAGAAAUUGAUUCUACAGAAACUUAUCUAGUACGAAUUGAAAAACGUCUUCAAUCACUUCAAGAUAAUUUACAUAUUACUCAAACAACAUUAGCUAAUCGAGAAAAACGUUAUGAUAUUGAUUUAGUUCAUGAUGAUGUUCAAAAAGAUUUAAUUAUGGAAAUAUCAGCUAUACAAGGUGCCAUUACUUUAUUAUCACGUACAAUCGAACAAACUAAAGAGCAACUUAGGUAA